GUGUACGGAGCUGACAGRGGCCGUGAUGACAGCGCGGAGGACACGGACUCAAACAGCCCGCCGUGGGGCUAUAAAACACGGACACGGAGACACCCAGAAACAGACACGGACACACCGAGACACGGACGCUGCUCCCGGGGAAACCUUCCAGCCGAGGCUCCUGCCUGAACCGACAACAUGGGCGUCAUCAUCUCCCAGCUUUUCUCCAGGUUCACCUCCAAGACUCCCGUCAGGAUCCUAAUGGUGGGUCUGGACGCAGCAGGUAAAACGACUCUCCUGUACCGACUGAAGCUGGCCGAGGUCGUCACCACCAUCCCUACGAUCGGUUUUAACGUGGAGACGGUGGACUAUAAGAACAUCAGUUUCACAGUUUGGGACGUGGGUGGUCAGACCAUCAUCAGACCUCUGUGGAGACAUUAUUACACCAACACACAGGGUUUGAUUUUUGUGGUGGACAGCAACGAUCCUGAGAGGAUUAAAGAUGCUGCAGAUGAGCUGCACAUGAUGCUGGAGGAGCACGAGCUCAGGGGCGUUUCUGUUCUGGUUUUUGCCAACAAGCAGGAUUUGCCCCGAGCCAUGUCGGCCAGCGACAUCACCGAGGCUCUGGGUCUGUCCAGGGUCCAGCAGCCGUGGUUUGUUCAGGCCUCCUGCGCCGUCAGCGGCUCCGGUCUGGUCGAAGGUCUGGACUGGCUCUCUGACCAGAUCCUGAGAAAGUAACGAGGGUCUCUGGUUCACUCCGUCUGAUGGAUCCAGGAGGGAAAACCUGAACGGUUUACAGGAAAAUCUCAGGAUUGUCAAAAUUUUAUUUUAUUUUUAAUCAGAUGAAUUCUGAUUAGAACAAAAAAAUGUUUAUGGCUUUGGAUUAACUGUAAUAUUUAAAUGUUGCUUUUAUAUAUCUAUAAAAAGGUUUUCUAUGAGGAGGUGAAUUAAAGGACUGGAGAUUUCUGCACUGUCAUAAUUUUUAAUGAAUUGCUGCACUUUAUUCUGUGUGCAAAUAUCUUAUUUGUAUUUGAGCCUCCAUGCAUUACGUUUAUCUUUAUGAGAAUGUGUAUUUAUUGUUAAAAUCAUCAUGUUUGAAUGUAUUUUAUAAUAAAAUGGUAUCAUGGUUA